AUUCUUAAGCUAUGCGCUACUUUACUGUUUAAUGAUGAAGUAUGGAGUUGGAAAAUAUUGUUGCAAAUACGGUGUAUAUAAAGGCUAAACGAAGUGGAGCUGAUGGAGACAAAGGUCGAAGCCGAAAGUGGAAAACAUUAUUAGCCUUCCCUCACAUAUCUAAUUGUUUAUACUUGAAGAAAUCUUUAGAUUUGAGUUAUGAUUUUAUUGUGGAGCAGCAGCCGAUCGGAAAGAGACUGUUUCGGUUGUUCUGUAGAAGCAAUAAUUUCAUUUCGGAUGUCGUCGAUUUUGUGGAUUCUAUUAACACAUUUGCGGUGUGCAUUCCCAACGAACGUCAAAAGAUUGGAUUGGAAAUCUAUCGCAGGUUUCUCUCAGACAUGAGUGGCAAAAGGUUCCAUCAGCUUGGAAACAUUGACGAUAACUCAGUGUUACAUGCUCUAGAAGAGUCGAAUGACGCCUAUCCUGACAAAGAACUCUUUCGUUCAAUCCUCAAGAUCCUUGAAGAUUUCUUACGAAAUUCACCAUUUUCUGAAUUUCUAAAUUCAGUCUACUUCAAUCGCUAUCUUCAAUGGAAAUGGCUAGAAAAAACACCAGUCACCAAACACACCUUUCGAAUGUACCGAGUCUUAGGCAAAGGGGGAUUUGGAGAGGUGUGUGCCUGUCAAGUUCGAGCAACUGGGAAGUUAUACGCAUGCAAGAAAAUGGAGAAGAAACGCAUGAAAAAACGUCAUGCAGAAAAUAUGGCCAUGAUGGAAAAGGAAACAUUACAACGAGUCAAUUCUCGCUUUGUGGUCAAUCUGGCGUAUACUUUUGAAACUAAAGAUGCUUUGUGCCUAGUUCUUACAAUUAUGAACGGUGGUGAUCUAAAAUUUCAUAUACAUAAUAUGAAUAAUGGCAGUGGUUUCAAUGAGAAUCGAGCAAGAUUUUAUGCCGCAGAAAUCACUUUAGGUUUACAACAUAUGCAUACACAAAAUAUUGUUUAUCGUGAUUUAAAACCAGAAAACAUUUUGAUUGAUGAUCAAGGACAUGUUAGAAUUUCGGAUCUUGGCUUGGCCGUAUAUAUUGAACCUGGUGGUACAGCUAAAGGAAGAGUUGGAACAGCUGGUUAUAUGGCACCUGAAGUAGUCAUGAAUACACGUUAUACAUUCAGUCCCGAUUGGUUUGGAUUAGGUUGUAUUGUUUAUGAAAUGAUUAUGGGACAAGCACCAUUUCGUCGACGUAAAGAACGUAUUCGACGUGAAGAAGUUGAUCGUCGUGUAUGUGAGGAUACAGAAGAAUAUAAUUAUAAAUUUUCAGAUAAUUCAAAAAGAUUUUGUCAGUCUCUUUUACAAAAAGAUCCACAUUGUCGACUUGGUUGCGAUGAUGCUGGUCCCGAAGGUGUUAAACAUCACAACUGGUUUUCCUGUAUCAAUUGGGUACGUUUAGAGGCUGGACUUGAGGAUGCACCAUUUCUUCCUGAUCCUCAUGCAGUUUACGCAAAGGAUGUUUUAGAUAUUGAACAGUUCUCUACAAUUAAAGGUGUUACUUUAGACAAUAAAGAUAUAGAAUUUUAUAAGAAGUUUUGUUCUGGUGCCGUUAGUAUACCAUGGCAGAAUGAAAUGUUAGAAACUGGUUGUUUCGAUGAUUUAAAUGAAUUUUAUAAAUCUGAUGGAACUUUAGUAGAUAAUUUAAAUCCAGAUACUCCACCUAUUCAACAAAACUCCUCUCAUAGUCAAAGUUUUUUCAGUAGAUUGUUUAAGCGUAAACAUCGACCUCAUGGUCCGCCUAUUGAUGAUAAUCAACCAGUAAUUAAUAAUAAUAAUAACCCAGUAGAUACUGAAGAACAAAUAACAACGAGUGGUGUUUCAUCAGGAUUAGAAAAACCUAAUAAAUCUGAUUUAUCGAGUGCUGAAACCAAGUUUUCAAGUAAAGAGCAUUCAUUUAAACAAGAAAAAAUUGUUAAAUCCGAUUGUUUAACAUCUAUAUCAACUAAUACACUCUGUACUCAAAAUGAUAUAAAGACUGAUGAUUUUCUUACAACAAAAGCACCAAUAUCUAUAACAACUAAUAGUCAUUAUAGUGUGGAUUCUAGCGCUGUAUCUCAUAAAAUUAUCAAUUCAAAGCAUCAACGUCCACAUUUUUGUACUUGUUUCUCAGCUCUAUGCUGUUCUCGUAUAAAAUGAUUUCUAUUUGGCUUUUGAUUUUUUUAACUAAAGAAAAAUCAUUGUCUUCAUCUGUAUGUUUACAAUUUUACUGUUAAUCAAUUAUCUUCUGUAUUGAAUUAACUAAAUUCAAUUAUUAAUUAAAUCAGUUAUCUUCUAAUGUUUCAUGUUACUUUUCUAUUUUCCCGAAAAAGGGACAUCCUUUUUAAUGAUGGAUCGAAUUUCCUCCUAUUUACGGCAUUUAUAUAUUUCCAAUAACCUUAACUUCUAGGUUCUCAAUGAGAAUUUCUACAGUUUUCAAACAAUUUUACUUCAAAUUUUGUAAUUUUAUUCAAAUUCAAUUCAGUUUGUUUUAUGUGACAGACCGCAUUUUUAUUGGUAAGUGUACAAUUAAGCAAGAAAAUCAAACAAUAUGAUAAUUGGUCUUUCUUAUUUUUAUGUUAUUAUUAUUAUUAAGGAUGAUGAUAGGCAUAUUCCAUUACGUACCUGCUUACUUGCUUAUUUGUUUGCUUCCUUGUGUUUAUUUGUAUAAAUUUAUCUUAUCAAUAAUUAGCGCCUGAUCUAUCUGUCCUAUUUAUCUACAAAUCAAUUUUAAUCUCCAAAAGUUUUGUUUUAUUUAUUAUUGUUUUGUAAACACUUUAUUUAUCUAUUUGAUGUAGAAUCCAUUUCAACUUUGAACACCUAUGUAUGUCUGGUGACCUACAUUUUAAUGUAAUGC